AUGGAUUGGCUGUUUGGUCGCAAGAAGACGCCAGAGCAGAUGCUGCGUCAGAAUCAACGUGCUUUAAACAGAGCCAUGCGAGAUUUGGACCGAGAAAGAAAUAAAAUGGAAUCUGAUGAGAAAAAGAUUAUAAAUAACAUAAAGAAAAUGGCAAAAGAAGGACAAAUGGAUGCUGUAAAAAUCAUGGCCAAAGAUUUGGUGCGUACGAGGCGAUAUGUCAAGAAGUUUAUUUUAAUGAAGGCCAAUAUUCAAGCUGUCUCACUGAAAAUCCAAACACUACGCUCUAAUAAUGCCAUGGCCCAAGCAAUGAAAGGUGUUACACGAGCUAUGCAAACUAUGAACAAGCAGCUGAAGUUACCUCAGAUUCAAAAGAUCAUGAUGGAAUUUGAGAAACAGUCUGAGAUGAUGGAUAUGAAGGAAGAAAUGAUGAACGAUGCCAUUGAUGAUGCAAUGGGAGAAGAUGAUGAAGAAGAAACUGAUGCAAUUGUAGCACAAGUUCUUGAUGAAUUAGGUCUACAGAUGUCAGAGGAACUAUCUGGACUACCCAGUGCCAGUGGCACUCUGGCUCCUGGAGCUAAACAACAAGCUCAGGCAGCAGCAGCAGGAGUCAACGAUGCAGAUGCUGACUUAGAAGCCCGUUUAGAGAACCUUCGACGACAGUAAAAUGCAAUGAUAUAUGAGUGUAUGAAUGCAUAUGUUUGUUUGUGACAAGAUUUGAGUUGGUUGAAGUUUCUUUUUGUUAUUUCACUGAAUGAAUGUGUGUGUGUAUGUGCAUAUACACACAUGCAUACACACACACACACACACACACAACACACACACACUAAAACCAACCUUUCACAUUUUCUAACUUAAAGUUUCUCAUUGCUAAUUUGUUACUAUAAGUUUGGGAAUGUGAAGUGUCAGCUUUAUUGAAUAUGUCAUAAUACUACUCUACACAUGCACACAUGUGUAUAUGAAUAUAUAUUUACAUAUACAUAUUCACACGUGCACAUACAUUUGUACAUAUUUAUUUACAAAU